AUGGUAAAUCAUUCCAGCUUCUGGACUCAAGCAAACGCGCUUCUCAGGAAGAACUUAACCUUCCAGAAACGGAACGUGAAAACCAACCUUCGGCUGAUUCUAUUCCCAGUGAUCCUUUGCAUCUUGCUCGUUCUUAUUCAAACCUUAAUCGACUCUCAAUUGGAUACACUUGAAUCCAAAUGCGCUUGCGCCUGUCCCGAUAAAAGCACAACAUGUAACAAUUCGGAGAAGGUUUGUGGAGUUCAGAAUUCCAAGCAGAAUCAACCUAUAGACUGUGUAAUUCCUAAGCCACCGGAAUGGCCUCCCGUUUUGCAACUUCCUUCUGCCUUUUGCAAGGCUAAUGGCACCUGUCCGGUUAAAGUGCUUUUCACCGCCAAUAAUCAAUCCUUUGGACAGAUUUUGUCUGACAAUAUGUUCCCAAGUGCUCCCAUUGUGAAUGACUCUGAUAUCAUGGCUAGUUUGGCAUGGAAUGUGGUGGGAUCUGAAGCAAAUCCUGAGGAGACCUAUUUUAAUGAACCUGCUUUUACUUCGGAUCGUCCCCUUUUUUAUGUACAAAAUGAGUGCCCUGAGGACAACUCUGGACUCACAUUUCCCUACCAGAUAGCAGGCACAACUUCGGAUAAAGAAAUCAAAUGUGCUCAAUGUACAAGUUUUUGGCGGAAAAGCUCUUCUGAUAUCAACAAUGAGUUAUAUAAUCUUUAUAAAAGAGAUAACAAAAGUGAAAUCGAUGACGUAGCUUCAGCUUUUGAUUUUCUUGAUUCAAAUGAGGAGGGGUUCAAUAUCACUGUCUGGUACAAGACAAACUUCAUGCCUAACACUGAUUCUCCUACACUGUUGCGAAUUCCUCGUUCUGUAAAUCUUAUAUCAAAUGCCUACCUGCAGUUUCUGCGUGGACCCGAGACCAAAAUGUUAUUUGAGUUUGUAAAGGAAAUGCCAAAAUUUUCAACCACAGUUAGCAUUGAGAUAGCUUCUCUCCUGGGCGGUCUGUUCUUUACAUGGGUUGUCCUGCAACUUUUUCCGGUUAUUCUGACAUCACUGGUUUAUGAGAAGCAACAAAAACUAAGAAUCAUGAUGAAAAUGCAUGGUCUUGGGGAUGGACCAUAUUGGAUGAUUUCAUAUGGUUAUUUUCUUGCCUUAUCAGUGAGCUACAUGUUGUGUUUUGUGAUAUUCGGCUCAGUCUUAGGACUAAAAUUCUUCUACUUGAAUGACUACAGCAUCCAAUUCGUGUUUUAUUUCAUCUAUAUAAACUUACAAAUUUCUCUGGCAUUUCUGCUGUCUUCCUUUUUUUCAAAUGUUAGGACUGCUACAGUGACAGCAUAUAUAGCUGUCUUUGGAACGGGGCUAUUAGGCGGCUUUCUUUUCCAAUCUUUUAUAGAUUCACCAUUUCCAAGAGGAUGGAUCAUUUGUAUGGAGUUGUAUCCUGGGUUUGCUUUAUAUCGUGGGUUGUACGAGUUUGCACAGUCUGCAGCCAAUGCUAGUAAUUCGGGUGCUUAUGGUAUGCGGUGGCAGGAUCUAAGUGAUAGUUCCAAUGGCAUGAAAGAGGUCUUAAUCAUCAUGUUUGUUGAGUGGAAAUUAGUGCUUUUUGUUGCUUAUUACAUCGAUCAAGUAUUGUCAACGGGAAGUGGAAAAAGUCCAUUUUUCUUCUUGAAAGGAUUUCAGAAAAAACCUCCUUUGUCAUUCGGUAAGCCUGGUAUUCAAAGGCAGGGGUCUAAAGUUUUGACUCAGAUAGAGAAACCAGAUGUCAUCCAAGAGAGGGAGAAGGUGGAGCAGCUACUACUUGAACCAACCGUUAAUCAUGCAAUUGUUUGUUACGACCUUAAAAAAUUCUAUCCAGGAAGGGAUGGAAAUCCAGGGAAAUUUGCAGUGAGAGAAUUGUUCCUUGCUGUGUCUCGAGGGGAAUGCUUUGGUAUGCUUGGUCCUAAUGGUGCAGGGAAAACUUCUUUUAUUAGUAUGAUGAUUGGUCUCACAAAGCCAACAUCUGGUGCCGCAUAUGUUCAAGGCCUAGACAUAAGAGCUCAUAUGGAUGAAAUAUAUACUAGCAUGGGAGUAUGCCCACAGCAUGACUUGCUAUGGGAAAGCUUGACCGGUAGAGAGCACCUACUUUUUUAUGGUAGACUAAAAAAUCUUAAAGGUUCCGUCUUGACUCAAGCAGUAGAAGAAUCUUUGAAGAGUUUAAACCUUUUCCAUGGAGGGGUUGCUGAUAAACAAGCUGGAAAAUACAGUGGAGGGAUGAAAAGGAGGCUUAGUGUUGCAAUUUCAUUGAUUGGGGACCCCAAAGUUGUUUAUAUGGAUGAACCAAGUACUGGAUUGGACCCUGCUUCAAGGAAAUGCCUAUGGAGUGUUAUCAAGCUUGCGAAAAGAGAUCGUGCAAUCAUUCUCACUACACAUUCUAUGGAAGAGGCAGAGGCCUUAUGUGAUCGAUUAGGAAUUUUUGUAGAUGGUAGCUUGCAGUGCAUUGGAAAUCCAAAAGAGCUGAAAGGCAGAUAUGGAGGAACUUAUGUGUUCACAAUGACAACAUCUUCCGAUCACGAGAAGGAUGUGGAGAACAUGGUACAACAGCUCACCCCAAAUGCCAACAAGAUAUACUGUCUCUCUGGUACACAGAAAUUUGAGCUACCAAAAGAGGAUGUUAAAAUUGCCAAUGUAUUCCAAGCAGUUGAAGUUGCAAAAAGAAGGUUUACUGUUUUUGCAUGGGGUUUAGCUGACACCACAUUAGAAGAUGUCUUUAUUAAGGUUGCACGCGAGGCUCAGGCAUUUGAUACCUUGUCAUAA